AUGAUUGAAAAUACGAGUGUAUUAUCUGAUGAAUGUUCUCAAAGCUCAGGUAAAACUUUGUGUCAAACUAUCAAUAAAACCUUUGAUAAGACGCCCAGUGGUAGGAUUAUGGAAGAAAAUAUCAAAGAUAUAUAUUCUUUGUUGAUACUUAAUGUUACUUCUAACUCACAGGAGAAAUGGUUUUUCAUAGCAAAACAACCACCGUAUUCGUUCAUUUACGAUGACGGCUUGAAGAUUUUAAAGAACAUAAAUUAUGAUAUUGAAACUUCUUUAUCGACCGUUUCCUUGUCAUACCAGUUCAGUCAAAAAACCGCUGAAGGAUUACUCCAAAAAUUCUAUGAAUCGAAAUUGUUGCACAGUCCCCUUGAUCGGACUCGAGAUAAAAUCAAACAAGGAAUUUUUUUGCAGCCAACCCCAAAAGGUGUAGCGAUUUUGUGUAAUUUUAUCAACAAGAAUGGCAUAAAGUUCAAGGUGGUACCUCCUAUUAUUACUUCUAAUUUGAACUCAAUGGAAUUGUUCUGCUUCGAAAGAAAUUUCUUAAACGACAAAAUAGUGUAUUCUGAUUACCUCAUCAAAAUCUUAUUCAUAAAGAUGUUUGGUCGGAAACCGAAUGUUUGGUCUCCCAACAACAAGCAGGAGACAUUCAAGGUUAAUGUAGCCAAUUUACAUAAUUUGACGAGUGAAAAUGUUAGUAGCGUUAAUAAUAUCAAAGACACCGUUCAGACCAGUCCUUUGUACCAUAGAUAUUUCACCAAUCCAGGGUCUGAUGCUCAUGUACAAUAUUAUUUAUCCAGUGGAGUCAGGUUAUUCGAAGACAAGACAAUUGGAACUCAAUCCAAGUACGUUGUUAGUGGUAAAGCGAUUGGACAAUGGUUGAUGGACUGUACUGAUAUUUUGACUGCAAAGACUGCGGUAGAAAUAGGAAACCUUUUCAUUGAGUCGGGGCUCUUACUAUCAGCAGAUCAACAACCAUUUUCAAUGAACUACAACCACUUUUUCCAUCUUAGUGAAAGAGCCAAAACCUUAGUGUUCUGGUAUAGAAAUAAACUGAAGAAAAUAAGGGUCAAUGACCCUAAGCAGAGCAAGUCACCAGAAUUGAAGAGCUUUUUGACCGAUCCGGGACUUCGGUAUCUUUUCAAAGUUCAUUCCAAUAACGAAUUUUGUUGUGAAAACAUAGAUGCCUAUAAUCAAUUAAAGCUCCACACCAAAAAAGUCAAGUUUCUUAAUAAACUCAUCGAUUAUGUGGAAAAACACCAUUUGAACAAAUCUCCAGAUUAUCAUAAGAAGUUCAAAACCCAGAUUAUCAAACUUUCCAACGAUUGCUUAUCUCUCGCUUAUCACAUUUAUUUCACUUACUUGUCUUUAGAUGCAUCUUUUGUGUUGAACAUCGACUACAGCUUGAGGAAGAAAGUUUCCACAUUGUUAAUAGACAACAAAACUUUUUGCAGCCAAAGUGAUGUUUUCGAACAAAAAUAUUUCACUAAGGAAUGUAAUGAACUCAACGGUUCGAUGUUAGAUGCAACCGAUGAAGGCUUUUAUAUUCCUUUGCAAGACGAUGAUUGUUCCAUUUUCAGUGGUAAUAAUACAAACACUGUAGUAGUUGAAGAUAUACCUACAAAUCCUUCAAGUCCUAGAGACGAACAAUUCAACGGAGUUUAUCAAACUAUCGUUGAUUUUGCUCCUUUGGUCAAUGAACUUAUGAUGUUUAUCUAUAGGAUGAUGGAAGUUGAUUCAUUCAGUAAGUUCCUUGAAUCCCAAAUAUAUCGAGACUUUCAAAUAAUCUUAGAGUCGAACUCAGAGAACUAG